ACAUGAUAUCACCAAAUUCUCUGUCUAUAUAGUAAGUAUCUCCCAGAUAUCAUCACAGCUCACAAUUACCUCAAACCAAAGCAAAAUAAAUUUCACUAAAACCAAGAAAAGAAGCCACCGAGAGAAAGAGGACAGUGGCUCAUCAAUGGCUUCUUCCAAAAAUUUCAAGCUUAUCUUCACCUUCUUCAUACUCAUCUCCAUUUUCACACCUCAAGCUUUCUCAGAAGAAGAUCACUCAUGUGGAUCAGAAACACACAACACAUGCAACAACAAAUCCAAAGCUUUAACCUUAAAAAUCAUAGCCAUAGUCUCCAUUUUAGUAACUAGCAUGAUCGGAGUAUGCUUGCCUCUUGUCACACGUUCAAUAUCGGCAUUAAGCCCCGACCGGAGCCUCUUCGUUAUCGUUAAGGCAUUUGCUGCCGGAAUUAUUCUUGGUACUGGUUUCAUGCAUGUCUUGCCGGAUUCUUUCGACAUGUUGUCGUCCGGUUGUCUGAAGGAAAAUCCUUGGCACAAGUUCCCUUUCACUGGAUUUGUUGCUAUGUUAUCGGCUAUAAUUACGUUAGCUAUUGACUCUAUGGCUACUAGCUUUUAUAGUCAGAAGCACAAAAAUGGGGUCACUCCUGAAAAUGGCGGUCAUGAUCAAGAAAUGGGCACAAUGAAUAAUGGACAUUUCCAUUCUCAUCACCAUGGAUCAUCACUCAGCUCUAAAGAUGGAGACGUUCAAGGAACAAAACUACUGCGUUACCGAGUCAUUGCAAUGGUGCUAGAGCUUGGUAUCAUUGUUCACUCAGUGGUAAUAGGGCUUUCUCUAGGUGCUUCAAACAAUACUUGUACAAUAAAAGGACUCGUUGCUGCCCUUUGCUUUCAUCAAAUGUUUGAAGGAAUGGGCCUUGGUGGUUGCAUCCUCCAGGCUGGGUACAAAAUGGUGAAAAAGGCAGCAAUGGCAUUUUUCUUUUCAGUAACAACCCCAUUCGGCAUAGCACUUGGAAUUGCAUUGGCAAAAACUUAUCAGGAAAACAGCCCGCGGGCACUAAUAACCGUUGGAUUGCUCAAUGCGUCAUCUGCCGGCCUUUUGAUUUACAUGGCUUUAGUGGAUCUUCUUGCAGCAGAUUUCAUGGGUGACAAAUUACAAGGUAGCAUUAAGCUACAGAUUAAGGCUUUUAUUGCUGUCCUUCUAGGUGCUGGUGGGAUGUCUCUAAUGGCCAAAUGGGCUUGAGAUUUGAUCCUAAACUACGUACGUAAUUUCAUCGUAUAACUUAGGACGUUCCAUGUGUCAAUAAACAUGACAUGUCUACUUCAUACGAGUAAUUUUAUUGCAAUUUCGUCCAUCUUUUUUAACUUGGUACCCAUGCAGAAGCCAUAUAUAUCUUAACCUUGUAAUUGUCCAGUCAAAUUAAAUGACACGCAAAGCUUUCUACGUGUCAAAUUUACAUCUUUUGACCAACCAGAUACUGUCUACUUUGAAUUAAUAAAUAUAUCGGUUCAAUAA